AUGCCGCUUCGUGGAUUGAUGCAGUUUGAAAUUAGAUAUUCCCUUCGUAUACGGAAUCGCCUUGCCUUGGACCUUGUCCUGUUGAGAAUACGAGAUUUGUCUGACUGCUUCCCGCGCGUUCGCCAUAUUGGUGCCGCGUUACGGCGCGCCACAGAGGAAAACGAGCGCGGUGGUUCCUUAUCGUCACCAAAAGUCAACAUCGUUAUGCGGAAAGCGCUUAGAUGCGAACCGUUUGGGCCGUUAGGUAGCCGUGAAAAAAUAUCCGCCGCGCCCGCCCACCGCGCCGCUGCCUUACGGUAUUUCGAACGUGCGAGUGGGACGGCGCGCGGCGGGACCGGCGCGUUAGAAAGAGCGCGCACGAUUCCCGCGCGUCCCGCUCAAAGCUCGCCGGUUGUUUGGCCUAAA